UAUUAAUGUCUGAUCAAAACUUUGAAGAGCCAAGCUUUGCAAUGAAUGUAGAGAGUAUGUCAUCUGAUCCUGUCGGUCAAGCAUCUUUUGAAGUUCCUCCUGCUCCCCUUUCUAAACAAGGGAGUAAUAAAAAUUACAGUGAAAAACAGCUAGAAAGAAUGAACUCUCAAUACUCGACCAUUGAUUGAAUAAAGCGUAAAUAAGAGAUUAAAUAGGCCAAAGCACAACAAAGAAAUUAAAAUAGUAGAAGUUCAUAAUCCUAUUCCUUCAGGCCAGAGGAACUCUGCUUCCUCAUUUCCUUUGAGCACUAGGAAGAAGAGCUCCUUCGAGAAGAUUCCUCAAGCAGCGUCAGCUUCGGAUAAUGAUCUUCCUACCUUCGGAGGAGUACGGAGUGCAGAGAUUCCUAGAGAAGAAAGUAAAAUUGAUAAGAACUAUGAAAUGAGUUAUAAAGCCCAAGAAGAAGACUUGACAGUUGAGAAAGAGUUUAUGAACAAAGUUGGCAGAUUGGAAGAAAGAAAACCACAGAAAAAUCCUGAGAAAGAGAGAUUAUCUCAAGAAAAGACUGAGUUAGUUAUUAAGAACCAGGUGCUUAGGGAAGAGGUAUCUGAUUGGAAGAGGAAAUAUGAGGAACUUCAGAUGAAAUUUGAAAAUUUGUUGGCAGAGAAUGAGGGUAAUUCUCAGAAAUGAAAAGUCCAGGAAAGUACUAUUACAGAACAAUCUAAUUAAAAUUAAACAUCUACAAAAUGAAAUCGAGUCAUUCAAAAACCUCAGAGAACAAAAUUCAACAUCAAACCCACUAAACCACUCAGAAAUCACUUCCAAAUCCAUUCAAACCUCAAAUCCGCACCUAAUCUCAAAAUCUACUCAAAAUUCUCCAAAAUCCUCUUCAUCCAACUCUUCAUCCCCAUAUUCCUCCUUCAUCCGCCCGUUCUACUCAUGAAUAUCAUCAACAGAUCCGCAGAUUCAGAACUAUAUCCCAAAAGACACUCAACACGAUGAAAAAUAACCCUCAAAAAUGCAAUUUUUCUAUAUUUGCCCUCUCUAUCA